ACUGGAAGCUCAAACGGUGAUGAUACAAGGCGCCUGCUUUUAGCAACUUCGAGCCUAUCCUAAACGUCAAAAAUUAAACAAUAGGAAAAUCUUGUCUCAUAAUCCAGUCUUUUAUUCCAGUCUCAUUUUCCUUAUUCCAUUGCGUGAGGCCUAGCCGUUUCAGUUCUACACCCGCCAUUCCCAGUACCUACCAGCACCGGUAAUCGUACCAUACCUACCUCUAAUCAUCGAAACGGACUGAAGCAGGGAUCUCCAACCAAGUCGUCUACUCUCUAGAUCUUGGAAGACUGCCCGAUCUGAAAGCUUAGCUAGCUGGAGCCUUGUAGCCUCGUGAUAGUCUGACGUCAGUUUUUGCUAUCGCCAGCGUAACGGCGAGGCUACCUUCACCAUGGAGCAGACCAAGGCGUUAAACGCUCUAGAGCCCUACCUCGCUCUCACCAAGUCCGCAGCCGCCCCCCGAGCAGCAGCCGACCUCGUCACGCAAGCGACCUCCAACCCUAACACCUACGUCUUCGCCGAGCUGCUCCAGGCGCCGCAGAUCCAGUCCCUCCGCCAGUCGCCCGAGUACGCGCCGUACCUGUCGUUGCUGGAGCUCUUCUCCUUCGGCACGUUCGCCGCCUUCGCGCAGCAAGCCGACCAGCUGCCCCCCCUCAACGCCGCGCAGACCCUCAAGCUGCGCCAGCUCUCGCUGCUGACGCUCGCCCGCGACCCGCGCAACCUGAGCUACGCGUCCCUGCAGCAGCACCUGGGCCUCCCCGACGCCCGCGCCGUCGAGGACCUCGUCAUCAGCGCCGUGUACGCGGGGCUCGUCGAGGCGCAGCUCGACCCGCGCAACCAGGCCGUCCACGUGUCCCGCGUGUCGCCGCUGCGCGACCUCGCGCCCAACUCGCUCCCGGGCCUGCUCGCCGCCCUGCACGCCUGGUCCGACCACUGCGCCUCCACCCUCGCCGACCUCGAGGACCAGGUCGCCCGCAUCAAGGCCGAGGCCAAGAGGCGCCACGACGAGAAGACCGCCUGGGAGGCCCGCGAGGCCAAGCUCGUCGAGGACCACGGCAAGCUCGACCUCGUCCUGCCUGCGAACCAGGGCGCCGGUAGUGGUGGUGCUGGCGGUGGUGAGGGCACGCACAGCCGUAAUCAGGGCCGGUAUCUGGAUUCCGCGAUCGCUCGACUACGCGGCAGCCAGCGCAACGGGAAGCGUGGAAGCGGCAGCUUAGAUGCGGCGCAGGAUUCUGACGAAGCGAUGGAUUUGGAUGAGGAGGAACCUGAUGACGGAGAGAUUUUCGGUGCUGGCGCGUCAGGUGCGGCCAGGAAGCAACGGGCGAGCCGACGAAGACUGUAACCUUGAUGCUGCAGUGAGAUGGUAUUAGCAAGGAUAGAUUUGCAUUAGAGGUGUUGGCCAUGAGUUUAACAGGAAGUAGUUUACUCAUUUUGACGAAACGACAGCUUCUAGCUAGCUAGGUGGUUUUCUGUGCUGGCAAAAAAGAAGUAUCACGAUGUUAUGGGGAAAAGGAACUAAAUAUACAACAUGACCGUGGUUGCAGCACAUUUAGACCAUUGGCAUGCCGAAAUAGGCUCAUGAAAAUACAAACGAUUUUACUAAUCGCACAUUAACACACUUGAAUAACAUAAC